AUGUAGGAAGUAAUUGAUUUUGAAAGUGAUUCUUAACAAUUAAAUUAAUGUCCAAUCUGUUAAGAAUAAAAAGGAGAUAAUUUUGAAUUAGAAUGUAAACAUAGAUUUUGCAGGUUUAUUUGUUAAUGAAUUUAGAAAAUGCUUAGAAUAGUAUUUAAAUGUAAAAAUAGAUGAAGGAAUAGUAAUGCAAAUUAAAUGUCCUUCGUGUCAAUAUAACAUUUAAUAUGAAGAAGUAGUUCAAAAUAUUCAAUAAAUUAAACUUUUAAAAUAUGCAAAAUUAAGAACGUUAUAAUAUGGUGAAAAUGAUCCAACAUUAAGACAUUGUCCAAAUUUAUCAUGUGAAUUAUAUGUACAUUUGGAUUCCAAUAAAUGUUAAUGUGGUUAAGAGAUAUGUAUAGAUUGUGGAAAUUAAUCUCAUGGAUUUAGUAGUUGUAAUAAAUUGAUGGACUAAAUAUUUAUUUUGGAUAGUAGAUAAGAAAAGAUAUAAAGAUGUCCAAAAUGUAAAAUUAUAGUUCAAAAGGAAGGUGGAUGCAAUCAUAUGACAUGUAAAAGGUGUUAAUAUUAAUUCUGUUGGAUAUGUAGAAGAUAAUAUACAUGUAUAUUAUUAUAUACAUAAUCAUAUUUUAGCUAAACAUUAUAGUAAUUAUAAUUAUAUUUUUGGAUGUCCUAAUAAGCAAUACUCAAAUACAAUGCCAUGGAAGUAUCCAACAUUAUAUAAGAUAAUACCAUUCAUUAUAUUAAUCAUAACAUCGCCAAUUUGGAUCAUUUUGGGUAUUUUACUACUUGUAUUACAUCCUUUUUCUGGAUCUUAUUAUUUAUUUAAUCAUUCAGACAAUCUAGCAGUUGGUAGGUACAUACAUUAAUAAACUUUAGGCUGUCAAGAAUUCAAAAGCUAUUGAUCACUUUUUUUGUAUAUUUUAUAGGAGGAAUAGUCCUUUAUCCCUUUGUAGUAUUAUACGAAUGUAUAGUACUUCUCGUUUUUUUAGUGUCUUUGUUAGUUAGAUUAAUUAAGAGGUUAAGGAAUUUUUGA